AUGGAAAGAUACGAACAGCGGGGUUUAUAUAACCUCACCUAUUAGAUUAUUAAUAACUCAGCCUUCUCCAAAGUCCAAAAUUUCCGUCAGCAGCUUGUGGACGGGACCUCCUAACUACCGAAGGGUUCAGGGUCUCCGGAAAUGUACCUUUACGGAGUGUAGACAGGAAAAGCUACCAGGACCUUUGGAUUGUACCUGACGAUCAUUUACUUCUGGUAAGCAAAAACGUUAUUGAGACCAUCAGUGUGAUCCCCAUCAUUGAAGCUUUUAGAUGGUAUUUCCCCUUGAUCGAUUAUUCUUAAUAUCACGACCCGCGAUAUACUGUAGAAGGGUGAUCCUGCAGGCUUUACUGCGCACAAAUGCCAAGAUACCAAGAAAACUUUGA